UCCAAAAUGGCCGCGAUGGUGUUUUGACUGGCUUUGACGAAUAAUACUUUUGUGUUUGUUUCAUUCUUCAUAGAAUUCGGUUAGGAAAGCAUCCCGGCAAGGAAACUGUACAUGUGUCUUUCCGUUUAUUUUAAUCAUUGUAACAAGACAAUCAAGGUGUAACGUUAUUGUUUUAGUUGACUUAGUGGACUAUGCACUUUUGGCCAUUAUAAGAUAGCUAGCUGGUUGGCUAGCAAAUUUAUUUAGCUAAAAUUAAAAGAAAGACGAUGGAAGAGCUCAGUGCCGACGAGAUCAGGAGGAGGCGGUUGGCUCGGCUGGCAGGGGGGCAGACGUCUCAGCCCAGCACCCCCCUGAGCACGCCCCUCACGUCCCCACAGAGAGAGAACCCUCCGGGGCCCCUCGCGGGACCCUCUGGGGCCCAGCCACAGCCCAUGCCAUCUGCCCCCUCCCACACUCUGGGGCUGAGCACCCAGAGCAUUACCACCCCCGCCACCUCCCCAAUGGGUGCCUCAGGGGUGGCGUACCGCAGCCAGAGCAGUGAGGGGGUGAGCUCUCUGUCCAGCUCGCCCUCCAACAGCCUGGAGACCCAAUCACAGACCCUGUCCCGUUCCCAAAGCAUGGACAUAGACACUGCCUCCUGUGAAAAGAGCAUGUCCCAGGUGGACGUGGACUCAGGAAUCGAGAACAUGGAGGUGGAGGACAGCGAUCGCAGGGAGAAGAGGAACCUCUCAGAUAAGGAGUCGUCGUCGAGCACAGAGGUGUCUGAGGAGCAGGCUCUGCAGCUGAUCUGUAAGAUACUGCGCGUCUCCUGGAAGGAGCAGGACCGCGACGUCAUCUUCCUCCCAGCACUGGCUGCCGAAUUCCAGCAGAAGAGCCCUAAGGAUGUCUACUCGGAUUUCAAGGACCUGAUUGGCCAAAUCCUGAUGGAGGUGUUGAUGAUGUCGACCCAGUCGCCAGUGCACAACCCAUUUGCCAGCCUGACCGCCACCUCCCAGCCCAUUGCCGCCACCUCUGCUGCCGCCAAGUCCCCCGACCGCCACCUGACCCUGCAGCCGCUCUCCAGCCAGGGCACCAGCCCCAUGAUGCCCUGCGCAGGCUCCUUUGGGGCCAGCUCUCUAUCCAGCCUGGGUGCCUCUGGAGGGGCGUCGGUAUCAGAGUCGAGCAGUGACCGCUUCGCCAUCGAGGCGUGCAAGGAGACGGAGAUGCUGAACUACCUCAUCGAGCGCUUCGACAGUGUGGGCAUGGAGGAGAGGAAGGCCCCCAAGAUGUGCAGUCAGCCUUGUGUCAGUCAGCUGCUGAGCAACAUUCGCUCCCAGUGUAUUUCUCAUGCUGCUCUUGUGCUGCAGGGCGCCCUCACUCAGCCCAGGGCUCCUCUGCAGCCGUCUCUGUUGGUCCCCUACAUGCUGUGCCGGAACCUUCCGUACGGCUUCAUCCUGGAGCUGCUGCGCAUGACUCACCAGGAGGAGGAGGUCUUCAAACAGAUCUUCGUUCCCAUCCUCCAAGGGCUCGGUUUAGCAGUAAAAGAAUGUUCCUUUGACAGCGACAACUUCAAGUACCCUCUGAUGGCUUUAGCUGAGCUUUGUGAAAUCAAGUUUGGCAAGACUCAUCCUGUGUGCAAUUUGAUCACCUCGCUCCCACUGUGGUGUCCGGAGUCCUUGAGCCAAGCAGGGGGGAGAGAGGUGCAAAGACUGUCCUACCUAGGGGCCUUCUUCAGCCUGUCUGUGUUCGCCGAGGAUGACACCAAAGUUGGGGAUAAGUACUUCUCAGGCCCUGCCAUCACUAUGGAGAACACGCGCGUGGUCAGCCAGUCACUACAGCACUAUCUGGAGUCAGCAAGGGGUGACCUUUUCAAGAUCCUCCACAACGUCCUGCUGAACGGGGAGACGAGGGAGGCUGCCCUCAGCUACAUGGCAGUGCUGGUCAACCGCAACGGGAAGAAAGCACAGAUGCAGACGGACGACAAGCUGGUGUCUACGGACGGCUUCAUGCUGAACUUCCUGUGGGUGCUGCAGCAGCUGAGCAUGAAGAUCAAGCUGGAGACGGUGGACCCGCUCUACAUUUUCCACCCCAAAUGUCGGCUUCAAGUCAGCACCGAAGAGACGCGCGUCAAGGCCACCAUGGAGGAGCUCAAGAUAUGGCUGUCCGAGCUGCAUGACAGCCCGGCCAGGUUCUCUGAGCCCAAGUUCCCCACCGAGUGCUUUUUCCUAACGCUGCAUGCGCAUCACCUGUCCAUCCUGCCAGGCUGCCGACGCUACAUCCGCAGGCUCAGAGCCAUCCGCGACCUGAACAGGACGGUGGAGGAGCUGAAGAACAGCGAGAGCCAAUGGAAGGACCUGCCCCUGGCCAGUCGCCACAGGGAGAUGCUGAAGAGAUGCAAAACCCAGCUGAAGAAACUGGUGCGGGCCAAGGCGUGUGCGGAUGCUGGGCUGCUGGAUGAGAAUCUGUUGCGGCGGUGCCUGCAGUUCUACAGCAUGGUGAUCCAGCUCAUCCUGCGCAUGGUGGACCCAGCCUACCCCAACAUGACGCUGCCUCUUAACCCAGAGAUUCCUAAGAGCUUUGCAGCUCUGCCCGAGUUUUACAUUGAGGACGUGGCAGAGUUCCUGCUCUUCAUUGUGCAGUACUCUCCCCAGGUGUUGUACGAGCCAUGCUGCCAGGACAUCGUGACCUUCCUGAUCGUCUUCAUCUGCAGCCAAAACUACAUUCGCAACCCCUACCUGAUCGCCAAGCUGGUGGAGGUACUGUUCGUCACCAACCCGGCCGUGCAGCCACGCACGCAGCGCUUCUUCGAGAUGAUGGAGAACCACCCGCUCGCCAUCAACCAGCUGGUGCCCGCCCUCAUGAAGUUCUACACAGAUGUGGAGCACACGGGUGCCACCAGCGAGUUCUACGACAAGUUCACCAUCCGAUACCACAUCAGCACCAUCUUCAAGAGCCUGUGGCAGAACAUUGCACACCACGGAACCUUCCUAGAAGAGUUCAAUUCUGGGAAGCAGUUUGUGCGCUACAUCAACAUGCUGAUUAACGACACCACCUUCCUGCUGGACGAGAGCCUGGAGUCCCUGAAGCGCAUCCAUGAGAUCCAGGAGGAGAUGAAGAACAAGGAGCAGUGGGAUCAGCUGCCCAGGGACCAGCAGCAGACCCGGCAGUCGCAGCUGACGCAGGACGAGCGGGUGUCACGCUCCUACCUGGCCCUGGCCACCGAGACCGUAGACAUGUUCCACAUUCUCACCAAGCAGGUCCAGAAGCCCUUCCUCAGGCCCGAGCUGGGUCCUCGUCUGGCUGCCAUGCUGAACUUUAACCUGCAGCAGCUCUGCGGGCCCAAGUGUCGCGACCUGAAGGUGGAGAACCCGGAGAAGUACGGCUUCGAGCCCAAGAAGCUCCUGGACCAGCUGACUGAUAUCUACCUGCAGCUGGACUGCGCUCGCUUUGCCAAGGCCAUCGCUGACGACCAGAGAUCGUAUAGCAGGGAGCUGUUUGAAGAGGUGAUCUCCAAGAUGCGCAAGGCUGGCAUCAAGUCCACCAUCGCCAUUGAGAAGUUCAAGCUGCUCUCUGAGAAGGUGGAGGAGAUUGUGGCCAAGAACUCCCAGUCGGAGAUGGACUACAGUGAUGCCCCCGAUGAGUUCAAAGACCCUCUGAUGGACACGCUGAUGACUGACCCAGUGAUUCUACCAUCGGGCUGCAUCAUGGACCGUUCCAUCAUCCUGCGUCACCUCCUCAACUCCCCCACUGACCCCUUCAACCGACAGCACCUCACCGAGAGCAUGCUGGAGUCUGUGCCAGAGCUGAAAGAGCGCAUCCAGGCCUGGAUGAGAGAGAAGCAGGGAGGAGGCAGAAUGUCUUAGUCGUCAACCACAUGUGUCCAUCAGUAAGGGAGAGCUCUCUCCAUGCCAGAAUUCAACACCAAGCUAUGAAUGACACAGACACACAGAUGGAAGGAAGGAGAGAGAGAAAGAGAGAUAGAGAAAAAAAGAACAGUAAAAAAGACAAAAUAUCCUGAUUUAAUUUCCUUCCCCUUUAUUUUUUAAUUUUUUUUUGUCCCUUGUUGAGCCAUUGUCUUUUAGGCUCUUGGGUCUAAAAAUGAAGCAUAAUUAAAAAUGUAGACUUUUAAAACAAAAGGGUUUACUGAUGCCGUUGUAUAUAUAUAGCAACAUAUAUACAUAUAUUUAAUUGAAGAAAAAAAGACAAAAAUAAGCAGGGUUGCAGAGGUUUUUGGGAAAGAUAAAUUGGUUCUAAAUUGGAUAAGCUUGGCGUUCUGACGACACAUUUACAAUUGGUCUAUUGAAAGUAUAAAAAAAGACUCCCUUCAUACAUUUUGAUGGAUUUUAAUAAGGUAAAGAAAUAAAAACACUGAACUUUUUGAAUAGGGUCAAUAGAUCUCUGAUGCCUGUUUGCCUCUGCAUUGCUUUCCACAUUCAACCAGAGGUAAAAACAAAGAAUGGGGGAGAAAAAAAAAGAUGUCUGGAAAAUGCAAUUUUAAUGUUUCCACUGUCAGGCGGUUUUUGGUUCCUAAUGUAACUGGCCAUGCAUUCUUCUCUGCUGAUGAUGAUAUUUGGAAAGUUGGACAUGGUGUAUGUAAAAUGUUUUUUUCUUUUCAUUUUUUAUCAACUGCCUAAGGGGAGCUGACUGUUGCACCAAAAGUAGGGUUGAAUUUGAUUUGGUGGCAUUUUGAAAUGAAUGGUCAGUUUGGAUCUUGCGGGAGUGAGCAACAGACAAUGUGUGUGGUACUGAAUGUUUCUCCCGGUUAACUUCAAUGUCGGCAUGCUUGAUGACUGUUGACUGACGGGGCUGACAUCUCCGGUAUACAGUUAUCCAAUGCCAGUGGUGCUGGAGCACCAAGUCCCAGGACCUCAUCAUCGGAGCGCGACGGCUUUCCUUUCACACAGCAUGGCCAACUUUCAGUGAUGGGUGCUUUUUUGCGCCAGAUGUCUCUCUCUAAAGGACUUGUCAGUGAUUUCUGUGCCCACGCUGAAAUGGUUCAUCAGAUCCAGCUGUCCAUCAAAAUUGCUUGGUUGUUGAAAUCUGUUGUGAGCUAUGGCCGAGUCCUUUUUCCACCCCCACUCCACCCCAGCCCAACCCUCCCCUCCCCCAAUUUUAUUUAAAAGAAAAAGAGAUUACAAAAGUUAAAAUGUACAGGACUUUGCUUCCUUUGCUACAACUUUUUUUUGUGGAUUCAGGAUUUUGAACUGUAAUAAAUGGUGAUGCACACAGA